GACACGAAUUGCGCAUCCGACCCAUGCCUCUCCUCGGCAGCGACAGUAGAGCGGAAACGCGCCGCGUAAACUUACCACGAGGGUCUGUAGAUGAUUUACAGCGUGGUGUAGGAUGUGUGGAGCUGCUGGCGCACUUGAGUAUUCCCGGGGUGAGCGACAAGAAGCCCUGCGCGUUCGUUGACGUGACUUUCCACCCCUUAAAGCCCUGGGUUGCUGCUAUUGAGCAAAAAGGCUGCGGGAUCGUAUGGGACUAUGAAACAGGUGACGUCGUCACGGAGUUCGAUCUAGGUGAAUCUCAAGUGCUGGACGACGAAGAAGCCCACGAGACGAGUGAGGAUGCAGCGGACGGCGCCGAAUCCACCGGUGCUUUCAACCCAACGACUCCAGCCAAGGGGUUAUUAAGUCGAGCCACAGCUUCUCCAUCUGCGAGAUCAGUGCAAGGAGCUGCAGCUGCUGCCAAGGGUUUAUUGUCUCCAACUGGUCCUUCUCUCAUUAAACCGAGACGACGUCCGUGUCUGCAGAUGCUUUUCUACGACCAUGAAGCUAUCGCCUGCACGACCCAAUUGCCAGCGUCUCGCACAUGUUUCGACGAAUGGCUCAUCAUCAUUUCACGAUCGCACAUCGUGAUUUGUGACCUUGAUCAGAACGGAGUGGUGCAUCACCUUGACCCGGAAGACUUACAUUGUGGUGUACCGAGUAGUGUAGCCAUAUUACCUUCCGGGCUUCUGGCGAUCGGCUGUCAAGACGGGAAAAUCCGGAUCUGGAGUCCAUGGCAGUCGAAAACGCAGCUUAUUCUGCUGACGACGCCACCGAUUUUGAUGAAGCGAAGCGGGAGUGGGUCUCUUCCGGGGGCUGAAACUCGUCUAAGCACACAGUUACACCAUCUUGCUUGUGCUACGUUGGAUGGACACGUUGUUACGUGGAGAGUAUCUCUAAACGCUUCUACUGCGAGCUGUGACUGUGUAAAGACGUCAGAAGUGGAACUCAGAGACGUGUUUAGACAAUUCGACACUGCGAACGGAGUGCACGAGCUCAAGUUUCAUCCGCUGCAUGACGUCAUGACUGCGGCUUGUCGUGACGGCACGAUAUUCUUCUUUGACGCUGCGCCGUUAUUGGACAGCAACAAACCCGCCACGCUCACUGGUCUUCUACCUAAUAGCAAGCUUCAAAGUCUAGUUGUUCUCCCUGGAGCUCAGAAAGGCUGCUUCAUGGCCCUUUCGACGUCCCCAUUGAACUCUACUCUGGUGGUUUCAGAAAUCGGAGUCAAAGGCCGCUACUCCGGGAAGGACAACGUGCCUACUAUCUUCACUGAGUAUAUGAGCAGCAACACCCAAGAGUCCAGAGAUUUACGAAUCUUUGUUAACCCGAUACCGCCCAAGAGACUGAAGAUGGCGUCUCUUACAAGUAGCGCUCGCAAUCCAGGAGAGUUGUGUUGCCUCACAAGCUACGGGUUACUUGUCCUCAAGACUAGCUUUUUAGCUGCCCCAACACCGAUUUUUAUUCCUCAAGGCACGAAGAACACUCCAGCGAUCGGAUUCCCUUCGUCUAUGGCAGUACGGCUGCGCGUUCUGGGAGAAACCCCAGAAGAUAAGCCGCAAGUUCAUGUUGUGCAGAACGGAGCUGAUGUUCAGACUCCCGCCACAAUCGAGCGUUCACGAGUUCCUCUGUUAGAGUACAGUCCCUGGCACAAUGGAUUCCUAGCUGCAAUCCUACCGAUGCGUGGCCAUCUCGAGAUCUUGCAAGUGGGAUUGAAGCCUGUGCCACCGAACGCAGUCGAUCUGGAGACGAUAUUUGUGUCUCACGCUUUUGGCUUUGCGUGGCAUCCGUCGCAACCACUAUUCGCCGUUCUAGCUCCAAACAAGGAGCUGGCUGGCAAGCUGACUCGAUCAAAUACUGCGUCUGCGAUUGUGCCGAACAAACGCUCGAGGUUUUUCUUUGGAGGUAGCAGAGCGUCUGCCGCAAGUGCAAUCGACGAACCGGAUGCCCGUCAACAACGAGCUGCUGCGAGAAGUCUGACGUUGACGAUCUACAAGAUCUCGGGAGAUGAUGCAGAGAUCGAAUUUGUCGAAACCAGUUUCGCAAGUGGAGACGACAAUUUGCUCCACGUUUUCUCUGGUCCACUACUCGGUGUGGUCAAAUACGUUGCUGAUGCUACUGCUAUCGAUCCGGCGCCAUUAGUUGCUGGUGGGGCGAUAGUGAAGCGAGCACGUGACAGCCCUGCGUCGCUUAGUCGAGUCCAACGCGCACAGUCAUUUAUGCUCGGUCUUAGUACGAUGUCGUCUCCGAAGAUGUCGGAUCUGAGACUCACAAUGAUGUCUCCAUCCCAAUCUCCAUCAGCUUCACCCACAGCAGUGAAUGUCGAGUCAAUGGACUCUGCAAGUGAUCUAACAAAAACGUUCUUGGAAUUCUACGAGUGGAGUCCCGUUACGGGGGGACUGGAAGGUGAAGCAGGACUACGAAAACUAUCUGGUGGGUUUGCUGUUGAUUGUCCUCUCAGUCUGGAAUGGGACACUACCACUCGCAGUCUGUGUGCACUCGUGUAUCCAACUUGCAUCAAAAUCUAUCGCUUCAGCGCUUCCAAUGAGCGGAAUAAACAACAGGAAGGAGAUUCGACUACUACGAUGAAGUUUCUGCAUGAAAUUCCAACCCCGACGACGGCACUUUCGUUGUAUUGGAUGCACCACACGCUGUUCUUCACCUCGGAAGACGAGGUAAAAUGUAGUUUGAUCUCACAAACGCGAUGCUUUACGCUAGCUCUAGCGUCUCGAUGGGUGCUGAACGAAGCGUCUUGUGCCACUCAAGUCAGUGACGACGACCUGAACCAGUACCCGAGACCUCAGAUAUUCCCAGCUGGGGCGACUACAAUCCUAGGUGUGCUGGAUCAAAAACUCGUAUUGGGGGGUCCACUGCAAGCUGUUCACAUCCUUGAUCUGUCAAACCGCGUUCUUCAAUGUGCACUGCUUGUGACGGCUGGGACGGUCGAGCGGGCUGCAGAACUUGCUCAACCGCUGUGUCGAGAUGCUACUGAAUGGCUGGGAGCUGUUUUCGAGGCGUUUGAUCAUGCGUCGGAAGCUUUACGGCUCUUACCGGGUCUCUCACUGUCGUUGAAAGUGAACAUAUGUAUCAAGCAUAAACUGUUGGAGCCUUUGACAAAGCUACUGGGCGAUCUCUUUGAUCAGGAGCGUGACUCGCUUGAUCUCACGGGUUCAUCACUCUUCCAGCGCGCUUGUAUCGCCCUUCAUCGUGGUGGGAUACAGGCACCUCUUAAGCAACUUGGCCCAGCUCUCCUGACUCGUAAACGUCACAAUGACGCCAUUUUCGUCGCCUCCUUGUUGCAGAAUGAUGAGCAACUCAUUCAAGCGUACGCGUCAGCUGAAGAGUGGGGGGCUGCUUUCCAUGCUAAGAUCAAGACCUCAGCCACGAUGUCAGCUCCAAACACGAUACUGACUAAGUGGAAUGCCAGUGUUGCACAACCUACUGCAGCCUGGAGAACGGUACUCGAAAAACAAGGAAUUCGACCUCCCACAACUGUGAAGCUUGAAACUUCGUAG